GCGCGCGCUAGUGCUCAACGCUGUAGAAACAAACAAAAGAGUAGUGUUCAGCUGGUCUGGUUGGUUAGAUUUGCAAGAUAUGUGACAAUGUCCGUCCCCAAUCCUCCUGUGAUCCAAGAUGAUGAUGGUCCAGAAGAAGGUGAAAUAGAAGACGACGAUGAUGACAUAAUUUUUCUGGACGGCAGCAGUCCUCAUCGGAGUAGCACAACAAGCACAAGCCUUGAUGUUUACCCCCUGCCUACAAGGAAAGACAGUUAUGAACGGGACAUUCGCCACUUUGAGCUUCGCAGGGCUCGGACUGCUCGUAGAAGAACUUCUGGUACCAACAAGAGUACCCACACCAUUGGUUCUUCUACACGAGUUAAAACAAAAAUUUCUAGGACAGGUUUAACAGAAGGGAAGGAAAACCGUCAUGUUCGCCAUACAUCUCCUGCAAGAGUGCAUCGCCGUCGGAAAGAAUCCAGUGAAAAUGCUCUAGUAGAUUUCAAGGAUGUCUCACCUUUACGCAGAGAUUCUAGUUGUAGUAGUAUUGAUAGUGAUGAAAGAACAACCGGUAGAGCACCUUACCAUAGGUCUUCACGGAAGACGUCCUCCAAGACUGCAAGAUUCAAAAGAAAAUCAAGCUCCAGUCCAGAGUCCACAUACAUUCCAUCAAAGCGCAGAUCUCAUCAUUCUGAAAAAUGUCCUUUGAUGAAAGUUUUGCAUUCUGUUGCAAAAGAAACAAGGCUAAUAGCUAUGGAAAAUUCUGAGAGUCAUUCAGAGUCAAGUAGCUUGAGACAAAGACUGUUGAAUAUGGGUGCCAUGCCAUCUGUACAUGAAGAAACCCAUUCAAAGGACCAAAAUCAAAGCAAUAUUAGUUUUGCUCAGGAUGAAAACAUAGCCUUGGACAAUUCAUCAAAGACUGAGGAAUCGAGCAAGCAAGUACAAAAUGGAAGUACCCAAACCGAGGAACCUCCUGCGUAUCUCCUUGAUAAGCCUGCUCCUGAAAUUGUAGUCCUGACAGAUAAUGAAGAAGUAGAUAGCAACCAACAAAAUAUGUCUAAGGAAAAGAACCAUACUAGUUCUAAUACUUCUUUACCUAAGAGAGCACCCACCUCUGACACCUCACUUUAUGUACCUUCAAAUACUGAAAAAACUGAUAUUGUGGUUAAUUCUGAGAAUGAUGAAGAUGAUGAUAUAAGCCAUCUUCGCCUCCUGGCCCUGCAGUCAAAGAAGCAUGAACCUUCUCCGCCAGAGGAUGCUGAUGUGCUGCAAUUAAGAUUGGCUGCCCUAAAAACAGCCUUUAUAAAAAAGUUAAAGACUCGCAAAAAAAUUAGUAUCAAGAUCAACAGCAGGAUCAGUAAGGAAGAUCCACUGUCACCUUUAGAUGAAAUUCCCAUACCAUUUUCAGUUCCUUCUCCCGACGAAGUAAUGACUCCGGUGGACAUGGAACUUGCUGAGACUGAUGACGAGGAUGCCUUUGUUGAUCCAAUCAUCCACUACUCACCAUCUGAUCCUGUUCCUGACUGCUACUCCCCAUCUGACCCCAUACCUAACCACUUCUCCUCCCCUAAUCAUUAUCCUGACUGUUACUCCCCAUCUGACCCCAUACCUGAUCACAUUUCCUCCCCCAUUCCUUACCCUGAGUGCUACUCCCCUUCUGAUCCUACAGGAUCUCCUAUUCUGGAGUCAUCCCUUCAGGACCUGCUUCCUCCUCCACCUCCACCUGAUUUAGACUUGCUUUAUGCUGACCAACCAUUAGAUACUGGUUUCCAAAACAAUUUGUAUCAUACUGGAAGUUUCAUGAACACAGGGUAUGAACAAUCUCAAGAUCUUCUAGCCCUCCCUCCAUUACCUCCAUACUUUCAGCAACUUCUAUCAGAACCUCCUGAACAGUCUGUGGGCACUUUCAGCACUGAGCAAGAAAAACUUACAAGUAUUGUUAAUGUUGACUGUUGCACUUUGGGUGAUGCUUCCAAUGAAAUUAGUUCAAAUCUCAUAGAGGUCCCAGUCGUGAUAGAUAUUGAGCCUGAAUGUGAUGAAUUGGUUCCUGCAGCUACACAGUCUUCAUACAGUGAGGAAGAUAGAGUAGAAAACAAAGCUGGAGCUGGAGAUGAUCCUGUACCUUUGACAGUAUGUCCAGCAGAUUCAAAUCCAUCGUGCAGUCCAAAUGUUUCUGAAACAACUAGGAAAGACGAAGAAGAAAUAGCUAAACCUAAUCAAGUAUCUUUAGAGGAAGAAGAAAAAAUGCUCAGACAACGACUGCUUCUCAAUAUGGCGAGAAAAAAAGAGAAUUUACCUAAACAGAAGAAACUAGAACCAGAAACAGUGAAUAAAAGAAGUCAAGCCUUGCCAAAGAGUGCUCCUAUUGAGAAAGUACAAGCAAAAGUAAAAUUACCCAAAAAUAUUUUCACGAAGACAAGUACUCCAAAACCCAUGGCUGUUGCCACUUCAGAGUCGCCAACCUUGCGAAGAUCCACAACUCCUGUCGUAGCUGUGACAACUGCGGCUACUGUUAAAAGAGUAAUUGUGAACCUGGGUGAGGAUUCAGAUAGCUGUGAAGACUAUUCAGAAGCAGAAGCUCUUGGGCAAAAGUGUAUUGAAAAUAAAGAAAAAUGGCUAUUACAUUUGAAGGAGCUAGAAGUUAACCCACCAAAAAUGAUAAGUCCUGGAAACAAAUCAAAGCCUGUCAUCAGAGGAAAAGCAACCUCAUCGGCAACUAUUAAAAGCAAACUACCCAUUCAAGAUGAAAAUGGAAGGAAACCUUUUGCUGAAAAUUUGGCAGACUUGGAAAGCAGUGUAGAGCGAUUCUUAAAAGGUGUUCGCAGUUCGCAAGAAGCCAUAUCCAAGUCUAAGUCUUCGUUGGGCUUGAAAUCAACUCCAUCAAAUGGCACUCCUGUGGCAGUGAAACACCUUCCAGCUUCACAACAAGAAGAAUAUCGUCGUUUGAAGCAACAAAUUGCCACACUUGAAAAGCAGCGACAAAUAUCAAUUGAACAGAAACGGGUUCCACCAAGUGUUUCUAUUGGUACACAGAUGAACACUUCAACCCAUCAAAAGAAUACAAAUCUAAUCAAUAAGGGUCCAAGCAAAGUAGUUUUGUCCUCCCAUAGCAGGUCACAGACCUCAGAAGCUUCAGUACUCAAAAGGGACUCAAAAGCUGUUAACACCUCUGCAUCUUCCAUUAUUUUAAAACAGCCUGUUUCAACUUCUACUCUUAAAAAUGUGAAAGCUGCAGCACCUCGAACCUCUCCUAAAGUCAUGAACGUAAAUGCUCGUCAAACAUCGUCUGAUACUGGAAAAGUAGCAGUUUCUCAAAGUUCAUCGCAAACAGAUUUUAGUAAGCUACCAAGAGACACGCAACUUCUGAAAGGUAAAACUGCUUUAGCAAAUGUUUCAAACCUCAGUGCCACUAGUCUCCCAAACUUAACAAAAACGGUGCUAGAACCACAAAAAACAAUCAAAACAAGCACAGCAGUUGCACCGAAUCCAUCAAGCCUCUCAAGUCUUGAGGAAAGUCUUGUUUUAGAAAGGUCGCAUGUUCUAAGUGAACUGUCAGCUCUUUCUAAACUACUUUCUCAGGUCGACCAAUCAUUAGAGGCGCAAUCACAAACAGCGGGAGAGGUUUCAAGUCUUAUAGAUAAACUUUGUCUAGCUGCUGGUCGAUGGAAAGCGCAAAACGUGACAGUAACUAGUUUAGUGCAAAAGGUGGCUGAGCGUCAGAAAGAACUAUCCUCAAGACAUCGUCGUUGUGUUGCUUUAUCUAAAUCAUGCACUGAAUUAGGUUCAAAACAGAUUGGGAAAAGUUACAGGAGUCCUGGAGCUAAAGCUGAUGCAAUGCAUCUACAGCUGAAACAAGUCCAUGAAAAGACUCAAGAUCUUGCACGAAGGAAAACUGCUGAACGGUCGAGAAGGAAUGUUUUGGAGAAAAGAGCAGAAGAUUGCCUUAUAAAGCUUUUUUCAGACUCAAGUGCUGAGAAUUUGAAAUCAGCUAAUCAAGCUCCAGCUCCCUCACUCAAGGCUUCAGCGCAGGAGAAACUAAGGGUAGCUCCUGGGGCAAUCCAAGUGAAAAGUCCCGCAACAGGUUCAACAUCAGAUGCAUUAUCUUCUGUGCAUGGAAAGACUUCAUUGCAAGUAGACCCUGCCUUGAUUUCCAAAGCUAUAAGCAUGCGACUAGCUUCAAACAAAAUUAGAAGUGCCAAAGCAACACUUAAUUUGGCAAACAAACGCUUAAAUACAAGAAAAUCAAGGAAGUUCAAAAGUUCAAAUAAGCAAGCACCAAGUCUCGAUAUCAGGCAAUAUUCAUCUGACAUGGACAUAUCAACUGAUGGUGAGGAAGCAGAAAAGAAAAGCAAAAAUUGUAGUGGGAAUACAGAUGUUGUUGAUAUGCUUGUCAGCCCCGGUUCAAGUUUAAGUGCACCAGAAACAGACCCAGUGAACACACCCUCUGAGGGAAGUAGUGAAAAUGUUUGCCAAAAUGCUGCUUCCAGUAGAAACAUUGUUGGCUUUGAAUCAUACUAUGAUGACAUCCCAAUCGAUAUUAAUGCCACAAAUACUAGAGAUCCACCUUCAGUUGGCAAAGAAGCCAGUCAUAAAAAACAUGCAACUGGGAAUGAUAAAACCCUUGCUUCAUCAAGAAAUUUCCUGAAGGAUUAUGUUUCCCCUCUGAAUGGAUUAAAUGUUUUCAGCAGCGUCAGUUCAAAGGAGAAAUUCAAAGAAGAUGUCCUGGAUCCCUAUGCUAUUCUUUGUCCUUAUGAUCUCAAUGGGAAGUGUCAGGACACAGAUUGUCAGUACAUACACCAACAUCAAUAAAUAUACACCUGGCUGUGGUGAGAAGUACAGUUGUGAUGGUGAAUCUUACUGGAAGGUAACUUACCUUGGAAAGGCAAGGGUUCUGGAAUAUGAAUAGUAAUAUCAGAUUCCAUCAUUUUGAUUGUUGGAUCAUCUAGUCUCUGUUCCGGAUAAAAUUUGUCUUUUUCUUUAGAAGAGUAUCCUUUCACCACUGUUAGAUUAUUUUAUCAUUUGCAUUAGUCAACAAAAUAAUAUCCUUAUAUAGCGUCACCAUUCUGCUCCCGUUCAUUAAUAAGUGCCAAAUCUGGUAUUACAGCAUAGCCAUUUGUAAUUGUGGCUGUGAUUAUUUAGAAGGGUACCUGAUGGUUUUCUAUUUUAAGUAUUUUUUCAGUUGAUAUUUUCAUUAAGUUUUUGACAUGUUUUGACUCUGUAUAUAAUUGCUUUUGUUUUUGCCAAUUUUAGUUAGGAGAAAAAUUGGGUUUGUGUGAAUGGGAUUUUUGCCCUGUAGAUCUUGUCAUCAUAUUUUUAAUAUAGUGGAUGAAAUAUUUUUGCUGUUACCGUUUGGUACCGUUUGGUGUACUUAAGGCAUGAGAGCCCUCAUACUUAGAGUAGAUAUGUAUUUGCUUGAUUUUCGUUCUUCCUCUAGUCCAGUCCCUGAUUUAGACACAGGCACUGACAUCUGCAGAUCAACCCUUGUGGUGCAUUUUAUUCAAUGAACAUUUUCGCUUAGAAGAAAGAUUGGUACACUUCAAAAUAGAUGCACACAUUACCUCAAAUCUUGUUAGAUAAAGCAAUCCCUCUCCAUGCUCCCCAAUCUCCACUUGUUGUGUUUUUCUGAAUAAGAAUUUAUUUUCUAAAUCAAUUUUGAUUAUCUGUCUUCAUAUCCAAUGCAAAUUCUGCUUCAAUUAAGUAGCUAUCAUAUAUCAAUAAAACGCAUGUGAUAAUGUUAUUUUUUAUGUAAGUUUAAGUGAAAGGCUGUCAAACAAUCACUUCAUGACUCACUGUUUAUAUUGUAGCAAUACGUUUCGCAUUCUCAACUGUCAUAUUAAUGAGUAUUUUUUUAGCUGAGGCUUGUCAUAGCUGCCAGAUUGGAUGGCAGUUACUUUUCACUUCAUUGCGCCUUUUUUAGUGGUGAGUACUAGCUGUAACAAGCUGUCCCAUGCCCCACUCCCGCCCCAAUACUCCAUAAUCAUGAUACUAGAAUUUUAUUUCUUAGAAAAUUUUAUGAAUUAAUUUUAUUUACCUUUUUGAUUUUUUGGAUAAAUGAUAGUAGUUGGUCUUUUCACUUUUCCAGGGAAUUGUUUAAUUUAGCUCUUUUAAUUCAAAUUUCACCAAUGUCCUCUAUGUUUCAGCCAUGUCAUUUAAUCCACCAGGAAACCUGUCAGCACUCACAAACACACCUGGGUAAGCUGCAUUUCUUAUUCUUUUAGUUUUCUUUCUUCUCUUUCUGUUUGCUCCCAUCAUGCAAGCUCAACUUUGUCUGCCUCAUCAAAUUGCUUAACCUGUUACUGCCAAUAACAUAAAUUCCAAACAAAAAAAGAAACAAAUUUGAUUUGGUAUUAUAUUUAUUGCCUUAGUCAUGUUGUAUUCCUGAAUCAGCAUUUGUGCUUUUGUGUUAAGUUUCUCCUAUUAACAUUCUGAAUUUCUUAUUAUUUGCAUCAUCCACCUCCUUGUCACAGCUUGGUGUUGGUGUUUGUAAUGGCUUUGCUCAAUUUAAGUUCAUUGAUGGGUUGUUUCCCCCCUUACCUUGGACAAGGUGAAAAGAGCAUAAAAUGCUGAUAUGCUGUUUUGUCAGACUGAUAUAGUAGGCUUUAGUUUUAUGUAAUUUGCAGAUCUCCAUAGAUUGUAGUUUUUUUCUUUUUUUCCCCCCCCAUAAAAAAUCUGAUGAAUGAAGUAGACAGGAGGAUGGCUUAAAACAAAAACGUUUGUACUACGUAUACUUUUAUCUUGUAUCAAUCAAAAUGUAUUCACCAUCCUCUUGUCUAAUAUGCCGAUUCAUUCAGGUUUGCACAAUGUUCUGCCGUAAUUUGGGUUAUCCAAACUAACCGAGUUAUAAGCACAUUGUUUAACAGCCAUUAUUCCCCCCCCCCCCUGAUUGGUCAUUUUUAAAAAAAAUAUCUGCAAGUCUUGCACUUUGCAUCCUGUGUCUGUAUGUUGCUGAAGAAAAUUGAAUCUUUUCACAUUAUUAGUGUGACAAUUGCGGCGCUACACCUGGCAGAACACCAACCAGAAGAUGGAAGACUGACAAGCUCCAAAAAAGGACUGAAACCCAAGAAGAAACUGAAAUGAAGUACAAGCCCGUCCUCAGUGCAGUGAUUGAUGGAAGUCCUCAAGACACAAUUAAGUCAUGACAAGAAAGAAGAUUUCAGGGGAAUCUCUGCGGAGUUCUCCCAACAUGGAUGAAAAAAAAACAACAAUUGUUUGAUUUUCAGUGCAGUGCAACCAUUUAUCUGCCCCUAAAAAAUAGCACGAAGAAGUUAAAUAUUACUCUUCAAUCGCAUCUUCAAGGGUACGUAGCCCCUUCCUGAACCUUUGUGGCAUAACUUCCAAGUUUGAUCAGUGUGAAAGAGAGUAUCCUGUAUACUUCCAGAUUAUUUUACAAUAAAAGUCAAUGAAAUAACU